CCGCCUUUAAAAUGUCAAAUUGACCUGUCAUGAAAAUAUUAGUAUCAUGGCCGACUUCUGGCCAAGUCACCUUUUUUGCGAAUAGAAAGUUUGUAUAUAAUAUAUAAUUUUCAACUGUAGUACAAUUGUUUAAAUCUACUUUCAACAAAAUGGAAAAUUUAUUUUCGGGAAUGUGGAAAGUUCGCGAGUUAGCCGAUAAAGUUACUAAUGUAGUUAUGAAUUAUACUGAAGUUGAAGCUAAAGUACGUGAGGCUACAAAUGAAGAACCUUGGGGACCCACUGGACAAAUAAUGCAAGAAUUAGCUCAUUCCACAUUCACGUACGAACAUUUUCCAGAAGUAAUGUCAAUGCUUUGGAAAAGAAUGCUUCAAGAUAACAAACAACAUUGGAGGAGAACUUAUAAAUCAUUACUUGUUUUGAAUUAUUUGAUCAAGAAUGGAUCGGAGCGUGUGGUUACAUCAGCUAGAGAACACAUAUAUGAUUUGAGAUCUUUGGAAAACUAUACGUACAUUGAUGAUGUUGGGAAAGAUCAAGGUGUUAAUAUUAGACAUAAAGUAAAAGAGCUUAUUGAUUUCGUUCAAGAUGAUGAUCGUUUGAGGGAAGAAAGGAAAAAGGCGAAAAAGAAUAAAGACAAAUUCAUUGGUAUGAGCUCUGAUACGUUCGGAUCAAGAUUUGGUGGUACAGGACGUGACACUUGGGACGAUCGACCCUACUCCAAAGAAUACGACGAAUGGGAUGACACCUCAAACUCUACAAAUCGUUAUAGAGAUAAAUCCUUCGAAGAAGAUAAUGAUUUGGAAAAAGAUGAUAGUGAUCCCGAAACUAGAAAUAAUAGUUACAAUAAUAAUUUUAAAAAAUUCGAAGAUACAGAACAACCACAAAGUCCCGUGCAUAUAGAUAAACGUGUUAAUAUCAAUAUAAAUACAUCAUUGAACAGUUCACCUAAAAAACCGAAUAAACCUUUGAAAAAAGUCGAUUUGGGUGCUGCGGCCAAUUUCGGAAGAGAUGCCAGUCAAAGUCCUGUACCAUCUACGGGUAGUAAUUUGCUAAAUGAUGAUUUCGACCCUAGAGCAGUAGAAUCAUCUAUUGAUGUUAAGGCCCCAACUGAAUUCGGAGAUUUCGAGACUGCAUUCAGAGAUACCUCUAAUACGACUCAACAAAAAGAAACCAAUUUCGCCGAUUUUAAUUCAGCUUUUUCCCAAUCCCAAAACAAUACAUCACAAUACUCAAAUCUAUUAGGUUCUACACCGAAUGUGGUUCCUAACGUUAUUCCUCCAACUAAUUUUCUAAUUACCAACCCUACACAGGAUAAUUUAUUAGGAGGAUCUACUACCAAUAUUGGAAGCGCUGUUUUAGGUGGUAGUUUCCCCCAGAAGAGCAAUAGUGACUUAUUAGGUGAUAUCGACUUUGGAUCUUUGAGUUUGCAGCCUCAAUCGCAAAAUAAUGAUAAUUUUGGAUUUCUUGGAAACUCCAAUAAUGAUUUGAUAAGUGGAGAUACCAAGAAAUACCCGGUUUCUCAAAAAAGUACAAUGAAGAAACGAAUAGAGAAGGAUCUUGUUAAAUUAUUUACCAAUUUUGUUAGUCGAGUUGAACGAAUUGAGAAAAUCAAAUCGCAGGAUGAAGUGGAAGAUAUUUUACAGGAAAUCGAAAGAAUAGUUUUGUUAUUACCAGGACCUUUGACGGUGCAAAAACUGAUAGGAAUUGAUGAUGAUUCUUAUAGUGAAAUCGUCGAAGGUCCUUAUGUGUUUUUUUUGGAAACUUUAGUUACUUAUUUCGAUGAAAAUUUCCCUUUUAGGGAUAAUUAUAUCUACGAAACUAUUGAGAAGUUGUUUUGUGUAGAAAAUUAUUUUUUUUUUAAUUUAAAUCUGAGCGUUUUUGUUAAAUUUUUAGUUUUGGAUAAAAAAGAAAUUAUAGUGAAAUUAUUGGAGAUAAUUUUAAAUUCUGAAGGGGUUUUUUCUUAUUUUUUUUAUUAUUGUUUAAACUUCAAUGAAAUGAAUUUUGAAAAUUGGGAACAAAAUUUAAAUAUUUUGAUAACGUUGCCGAAUAGGGUUUCUAAUUGUUUAAAAGGGAAUAUUACAAAUUUUUUUACCACAAAAUCUUAUACUAAUUUUUUGAUUACAAAUUUUUUAAAAAUUAUUGAAUUUAUUACUGAAGUUAUCGAUAAAAAAUUAUUAUUGGCUGAUUUUAUAACUUUUGAAAAUAUUUCUUUAUUAUUACAAAAAAUAGUUAUAGAUUACAAUCAAAGGGGUGAAUCGGAAAGUAUUAAAUUAUUAAUUGAAAUAAUUGCAUUAUUAACUAAUACAUUUUCCUUAAAAAUGAAAUUAUAUCAAAAAAUAAUAACCACAAUUUUUUCAAAUAUGGAAAGUACUGCUGUUAAUAUAUUAGCAAAAAUGAUUUUAAUAAAUUUAGACCCUAAAAAAUAUACAGUUACUAAAAUUUUUGGUAAACGAUUAAUAGAAAAUGACACUUGGAAAUUUAUUUUAUGUACAAAACUACCUUUAUUAACAAAUUUUGAUAAUAAUUACACAAAUUUAAUACUUAACACAACUAUUUAUCUAUCCAGUACUAAUCAUCAUCUUACGAUUAAAUUAUUAUUAGAUUUAUUAACAGUUUGGUCAAAUAGAUCUUCUAUAAGGCAAACUAGUGUGGAGCAACAACUUUUUAUAGCAAGGUUCAUCUUAUAUCUUCUAAAUUCCAUUAAAAAUGUAGAUUUAAAUGGAAAUCAAAUUUCUGAAAUUAAAGAAAAAACUUUUACUGGUAUACAAGUCCAUUUGGAAUCUAAUAUACCUGUUAUAAGAGCCUCCGGCAUGAAAAUAGGGGAAAUAAUAUUAAAUUACAUACAUAAGGAAAGUGAAUCAUCCCCUGAUACUAAAUUAAAAUUUAAUUAUGAUAAUUUAAAUGAAGAAAGUCAAUCAAUUGUUUAUAAUUUACAAAAAAUUUGGGAUAAGGAUUUACAAGAUUAUUACAAAUCAAAAAAUAUUGAAAAUAAUAUUCAGGAAGUUUUGAAAAAAUUAUUAGAAAAAAAUACUGAAGAAGUGGAGUAUAUUCCACCGAAACGAGUAUUUAGAACCCUUAAAAACGAAGUUACUUUAUCAGAGUAUAAAAAUACAGAUAAAAUGAAAAUAAUAACAAGUACGGAUUUUGAUUUGGAUUCCGAUGACGAUUUACAACCCUACGAUGUUUCUAAUGAUACUAAAAUCACAAAUAAAAACCCCCCUUGUUACCUGAGGGAUUUAAAACAAAUGUUACUGGAAACCGAUGAUGUGGAUGUAUUUACCAUUAGUUUGGAAACCUGUGAGAAAAUUAUAAUGACUCAACUCCCUGAUGAUGAUGCCAGUAUGGGGUUAGAAAUUUUGGAGAUUUUGGUAUCACUAGAACCGAAAUUUUACGUUGAAAACUACGACGAUUUGGUUUUUAAUAGUAGCGUUGCAAUAACUACUGUAUACCCGAUUUGUUAUACUGAAUAUUUGUGUAGACAAAUCCAUUCGGAUGUGGGGACUUUUUCAGUGUCGAAACGUGUUUUUAUGUUGAAUAUUUUGAGGCAAGCGGCUAGGAAUCUUUCGGUUAUUAAAAAAGAAACCGAACCAAAGAGUAAUAAAACUAAAAGGGAAAUUGAUAUAGAAAGCGUAGAGGAAAUUAUAAAAAAAAGAUUGGAAAGUAAAACUAGAUAUUUUACUAAAUACAAACCAAUCAUAAAAGAACAAGUUAACAAAUUUUCCGAAGUGGCGGGGUAUUUUUUCUUCCCUCUUCUAUUCGGUUACAAUAAAAAUAAAAUGCUUUGUCAAGAUUCUCAAAAUGAUAGCGAUUACAUUUUUCUCAUACAUUUCAUCGAUACGUUAUCAAUUUUGAUGUAUUCAUCUCAAAAUUGUUCAGUAGCCCCACGAAUGGCUAAAGAAAUUUUCCAUUUUUCUUGGUUCUUGAGAUUCCAUAGGGAAACUAAAGUGCGCAUGGCUGUUUUGAGUUUAAUAACUUCCGCUGUUGUAAGCGUUAAUAAAAAUAUUCUGGUACAAGAUUUUCUUACCGAACUCUUUGAAAUAAGAUUGUGGUUAUCGGAUUUGUUGAGCCCUAAUGUUAGUAAAGGGGAACCUAAUUCUGAGUGUAGAAAUUUGGCUGCUUGUGCUAUUAUUAUCAUAGAGGGUGUUCUUAAACUUGACAUCAAUCCAGAUAACAAUUGAUAGUUUGGUUUAAACAGAUUGAUGGGCUUACAGUUCAUCAAAGCCUGUCCCAGCCUCAUUCCCUUAAACAACUCAAGUAAAUCCAAUUCAAUAUUGGUUCUGCUCUUUGGAAGAGUGUUUAGACUCUAUCUGUUGCUAACCCACUUACUAUUCAUAGUUAAUUGUUGAGAUACGCGCCUUAGAUGGCAGUGUCCGGUCACUAGUCGGAUUUUGCGCCUAUUUAGUUGGAGCAGCUUCCUUCUACUCUAGUGUGACUAAGUAGCUAUAAUAAGGUAACAAACACUAGGUUAAUACUGUUUUUUCCAGUACUUCAUGGACAGUAUUAGUACCGAGACUGAAAGUAGUAGUUCUGGUAUUCCUGCUUCUUUAAACAACUUCAAGAAAUCAACUUCAGUUUGAGUUUUGGACUUCGGAAUAGUGUUUAGGCCCUAUUUGUUACUACCUCAUUACCUUAUAUACCCUAGUGACUUGGUACCUAUAAUAGGAUAGCAAACGUCAGGCUAAUACUGAUUUUUUAGUACUUUAUUGAUAGUAUGAGUUCUGAGACUGAAACUAGUAGUUCUUUGUAUUCCUGUUCCUUUAAACAACUUCAAGAUAUUAACAUCAAUUUGGAUUCUGGUAUCUGGAAGUUUUUAGGCCCUAUUUGUUGCUGUUUUACUUUCUUCUAUUCUAGUGGGACCUAGUAUCCACAAUAGGGUAAAAAACUACAUAAAAAACAUUCUUAUUAUUCUAGUACUUUAUUUCUGAUCCUUUUUAGAACAUCCAUUUUGGGUAAGUCUUCAUGCUCCGGGUAUCUUCACCCUCUGUAGUGCUUUGCAUUAUUUUUCCAUUAGUUUGAGUUUUUUAUGUGCCUAUUUAGGGGAUGAUAUCCUGGUAGAACCCCUAUUAAAAUUCUUAAUGCCGGAUUAUGUUGGAUAAUUCAUUCUUCAGAUAUCUAUUGGUUAUAGCUCACUAAAACUGUCUUCUGAGCCUUACUAUAUUAUCCUAGUAGUCAAAUCUAUUUUUUUUUGUAUCAGAUUACACAAGAGCGUUUUUUUUUAUUUUUAUAUUGUCACUAAUAUUGUAUGGGAUUCCACAAAAGGGCGAUUAGGCACUAUUCUUUGUUAAUUUUUCAUUUCCUUCUACAUCCGAAUGACCUAGUACCCGAAUUUUGUUUAAAAAUAGAGUUUUAUAUAUGAAAAAUGACAUGAAUUGGUUUUUUUCUCAAUAUAGAAGGUCUAUUUGAUUUUUUUUGGUUCAAAUAAGGUUGUUUUCAAUAUUUUUGGAACCCACUAUUGAUUGUUUUAUCAUCGUUGUACUUUUUUUACCAAAAAAACAGCUUAUAGUAUGAAGUUAAAUAGCGUAAUAUCCACUGGUUCACAAUUUGUAGGUUAACUGUUUAUUAAUAAACGUUUGUAUAAAAA